CCUCCGGGCACGUAUAAGAUGUCUUCUCGACAGCAGGAGUGUUUCCCAUGUCCAGCGAACAGCAAGUCUGAAGAAGAAGGCUCUGUGGUGUGUGUGUGUGAGGACGAUCACUUCAGGACCCCGCUGGACCCUCCGUCCGCACCCUGCACUCGCCCCCCGUCCCCCCCUCGGGACCUGGUCUUCACACUGAAGCAGUCGACGCUGGUGCUGGACUGGGCCGGGCCCAGUGACUCUGGGGGCCGCGGGGACCUGAGCUACAGCGUGGGCUGCCGUCGGUGUGUGGGGCCCCCGAGGGCCCCGAGGGUCCAGUGUGAGGCGUGUGGACCCAGCGUGGGCUUCGUCCCGCAGCAGAGUGGCCUGACCGAGAGAACUGUGACCCUCGUGAACCUGCUGCCCAACUCCAACUACUCCUUCAGCGUCGAGGCUCGCAACGGCGUCUCCGAGCUCCUGCCCAACAAACGCUUCUACACACAGGUCAACGUGUCCACCAGCCUGCCAGCCCCGUCUCAGGUGAACGAGCUGCGAGCCGAGAAGGUUGAUCAGCGCAGUGUUACUCUGGUUUGGACUGAACCCGUCGUCUUCCCCAACAGCAGUCGCACUGAAUACGAGAUCAAGUACUAUGAAAAGGACCAGAAGGAUCAGAGUUACUCCACGGUGAAGACGGCCGCCACCAGAAUCAGCGUCAACAACCUGAAACCGGGAACCACCUACGUGUUCCUGAUCCGCACCUGCUCCAGCCCAGCACGUGCUUCUCUCUCUUCACCUCCUCUCUCCUCCUCAUCCUCCUCUUCCUCUCCUCUCUCCUCUUCCUCGUCUCCUCCUCUGCUGGACUAUGGCUUGUUCAGUUCACCGCUGGAGCUUCAGACACUGGGAGAGCUGGCUCUAGCCUCCAGUGAACAGAGUCCAGUGGUGAUCAUUGUGGUUGUUUCUCUGGCCGCUCUUAUUAUGUUACUCACUCUCGGAGUUGGACUGCUCAUCUGGAGAAGACAGUGCGGUUACAGUAAAGCCAGUCAGGAGGGCGACGAGGAGCUCUACUUCCAGUUUAAAAUCCCAACCAGGCGGACCUACAUUGACCCGGAGACGUGUGAAGACCUCCUCCAGGCUGUGCAUGCCUUCGCCAAAGAGCUGGACGUCUCCAGCAUCAAGAUCGAGAGGAUCGUCCACACAGGAGACUUUGGCGAGGUCUGUCGUGGCUGCCUGAAGCUUCCCAGCAAACGCGAGCUUCCCGUGGCCAUAAAGACGCUCCGCUCCGGAUGCUCGGACAAACAGAGGCGCUCCUUCCUCAGCGAGGCGGGCAUUCUGGGACAGUUCGACCACGCCAACAUCGUGCGUCUGGAGGGAGUCAUCACCAGAGGCAACACUAUGAUGAUCGUGGUGGAGAGCGCGGUCAACGGAGCCCUCGACGCUUUCCUGCGGACUCAUGAGGGUCAGCUGACGGUCCUCCAGCUGGUGGAUCUGCUGAGUGGAGUGGCGUCUGGGAUGAAGUAUCUGACAGAGAUGGGUUUUAUCCAUCGCCGACUGGCCGCUCAUAAAGUCUUGGUGAACAGCAGUCUGGAUUGCAAAGUGUCCGGCUUCAGACCGCUUCAGGACGACAAGAUCGAGGCGGUCUACAGCACACUGCACGCGGGGAAGAGCUUGGUUCUGUGGACGGCUCCGGAGGCCAUCCAGUAUCACCGUUACAGCUCCGCUUCCGACGUCUGGAGCUUCGGGAUCGUCAUGUGGGAAGUCAUGUCCUUCGGAGAGAGACCGUACUGGGAUAUGGGCAACCAAGACGUAAUAAAGGCGAUCGAGGAUGGCUUCCGGCUGCCUGCACCGGUGAACUGUCCCGGCUCUCUUCAUCAGCUCAUGCUGGACUGCUGGCAGAAGGAGAGAACGGAGAGGCCGAGCUUCACUCAGAUCCACAGCGCUCUCAGCAAGAGCAUCAGGAGUCCCGACAGCAUCGGAUCCUCCAGCCUGGGACGCAGGACGCUAGGCUCGUCUGUAUCGCUAACGGACCGAACACUUCCCUCCUUUCCCUCCUUCAGUUCGGUGGGCGAGUGGCUUGAGGCUGUAGACAUGGGCCGCUAUAAAGACAAUUUCACUGCAGCUGGAUACUGUUACCUGGAGUCUGUGGCGCGCAUGACCGUUCAGGAUGUGUUGAGUCUCGGCAUCACCUCUCUGGAGCACCAGAAACUGAUCCUGUCUGCCAUCCAGACUCUGAGAGCUCAGGUGAUCCAGAUGCACGGACGAGGGGUUCAGGUCUGACAGACAGACAGAUGUUCUCACCAUUACCCAGAAGCCCUUCAGCAGACAGCAGGAGAUGAUAACCCUCACUUCUCUUCCUACUCUUCCUUUUCUCCUUUAUCGUCUCGUGGCUGAACACUGCAUCUUUACUGAGGAGACGAUGUCACGAGCCAGACGAUUCCUCUAGAAUAACCUGUGCUGUUCCUCAACGUUGGCCGAGAGCCUCGUCUCUGUCCUGGAGAAGCUUAUCUGACUCUCAAGGGCCUGUUUCUUUAUCCAAGAGGAACAACUCGAGGUUCAAGCCACUGAUCCUCCUCUAAUGUGGACAGAACCGGAGCUUUUGCUGCUCCGAGCGGGAGAAGAUCUCGCCGUGUCUUCAGGAAAUAAGUUGAGUUCUGCUGUAAGAAAUCUUAAUAACAUGUAAAUCCCUUUUUCUGUCUUUCCCUGACUUGAUUACUGUCUACUUUUUUCUUUUGGCUUUCUUUCUCCACACUUUAUACGCAUUUCUGUAUAGAAGCCCAGUUUCACCGCAUAAGAAAACAAAUCAUCCUCUUGUAAACCUUUACUAUGACAUUAUGUUGAAAUGAUGAUGUACUAUAUCAUUUUUUUGACUUUUCAUCUCAGAAAGACAUGACAAAAAAAGCAAAAAGUGACAUACUAAGUCGAAAUUAUGACAAGAUGAAAUUAACUUGACAGUCAUAAUUUAGAAUUUGUUUUUAUUCCAUAUUUCGUAUAUCAUAAUUAUGACCUAGUAUGUCAUAAUUACAAUUUUGUGUCAUAAUUAUGACUUUUAUGUCAUAGUUUUUACAUUUUUCAAUGAGAUGAAAAUUGACAAAGUUAUAAAGUUAAAAAAUACAAGACAAAAGGUUGAAAUUGACUAAAUUGACAUACUAAGUUGAAACUGACAUGAAAAUAUGAAAUUAUGACAUAAAAAGUCAUUAUUAUUACUGUCAUAAUUUCAUUUUAAAAUAAUUUUCAUAAUUAUUACAGUCAAAAUUAUGACAUCCUAUAUACAAGUCAUAAUUAUGAGAUGUAAAGUUGAAAUUAUGACUAAAAUGACAAUGAAAUUAUGACUAAAAUUAUGACAUGCAUGAUUUCUUUUUCUUACAUUGCGCGAAUGGGCUUCCAUAUUUCGGAAGGAAAUUUCUGAGUUUAAAUUAUUAUUGUUGGACAUCUGUACUUGUUAUGUUUUCUCCUUCUGUCUACUAUAGAGACAAUGUUUGCACUGCAGCAUCCAUGACGUACAGAAACUUUUAUCAUAUUUAUUAGAUGAUGAGUUAUUUAUCUGUUUACUGAAGCUUAUUGGAGCUUAGUUUUUGAAUGCAAAAAUAUUAUGUUUGAAAAUGGAACACACAGCACUGAAUCUGGACGCUCAGCUGUCAUGUCAUCAAAAUGCUCUUGUUUGAAAUUGUUGUUUGUGUCAUUUAAGCAUGCUCUUUGUGAGUUAGAGGGAGUUGGAGUGAGUGAGUUAGAGUGAGUUAGAGUGAGUUAGAGUAAAUGAGUGAGUUAGAA